GUUGCUCUGGAGGAGGAAGGCGCUGAGCUCAAACUACGGAAGCUCGGUAGCGUGGCGGCCUUCGGCGGGCUCGAAGUAGCUUCUUAGAAUGGGUCGCCGUUCAUCAGACACAGAAGAAGAGACCAGAAGCAGAAGAAAAAAGAAACAUCGUAGGAGGUCAUCUUCAAGUAGCUCUUCAGAUAGCAGAUCUUACAGUCGUAAGAAAUCGGGAAGAAAGUCAAGGUCAAGAUCUCGAGAUCUUCAGUUUCACUCACAUUCAUAUGAAAAGAGGCGCAGGCAUCGAUCUAGCAGUAGUUCUUCAUAUGGAUCCAAACGAAAGCACAGCCGAAGCCGAUCAAGAGGUCGCGGAAAAUCAAAUCGGUCUCAGAGAUCAAGAUCAAAGAGCAGAACAAGAAGGUCUCACUCGAGACCUCAUCAGCGUUCCUAUAGCCGAAGUAGCGAAAGGACCAGUCACCGAAGAACUCGAAGCAGAUCUCGUGAUAAAGAAAGACGUAAAGGCAGAGAUAAAGAGAAAGCAAGAGAGAAGGACCGGAUCCGAGGAAAAGAGAAGGACCAACAUUACACCAAGAUAGGGGAGGCUGGAAACAUCAAAACUGGAUUAGAACAUCUGUCUGCUGCUGAACAGGCCAAAGCAAGAUUACAGCUGGUUCUUGAAGCUGCUG